AUGGCGCCGAGCGGAAGAAAAGGUGUCAAUAGAGCGAGCUCAGCGCCCGCACGGCUGAAGUGGAAGCUUGGAGAUCUCGUCCUUGCCAAAGUCAAGGGCUUUCCGGCAUGGCCUGCCACUGUGAGUGAGCCUGAGAAGUGGGGUUACCCUGCUGAUUUAAAGAAAGUAUUUGUCCAUUUUUUUGGGAGUCAACAAAUUGCCUUCUGUAGUCCAGCUGAUGUAGAAGAGUUCACAGAAGAGAAAAAGUUGUCUCUUUUGGGGAGACGGCAUGGAAAGGGUUCUGAAUUUCUCCGUGCCUUAAAUGAGAUGGUUGAUUGCUUUGAGAAGUUGAAGAAACAGGACUCGGUCACUAGUGAUAAUACUGAGGAAACUAUUACAACAAAUGAAAACAAUUCAGACGAGUCGUUGACUAAAUCAUCGAAUGAUGAAGCUCCUGUGGUUACAGUUAAAGAGCUUCCUAGUAGAGCCAUUAAUGAUCUGGACUCCCUAACUGAAGCUGCUGUAGCUGCAGCAGCUGAGGAUGAAACGCAUAUGGAGGCGGCACAUUCUGAUUCAGGGUUUACCAGCACACAUGUUUAUUCAACUAGAAGCAAAUCCGAUGCUGCCCAGUCACGGAAUAUUGGCCCGCAGAGGAGGAUAUCAGCGAGAAGGUUAAGAAGUUGUCUGAGGAGAGAUAGUAGUAGGUUAAAAAACAGAAUGUUGCCUUCUUUCAUUAACACUAGGAGCUCUAGGCGGUCGGGUACUAAUGCAUUGCAAGAUAAAUCUCUGAGAAGAAGUAAAAGGAUUAUGAAGUCGUCUGAUGAUUCUGAGGGGCAUGAUGUCCACUCACCUGCUUUUAUAUCAAAUAAGAGCAUUGAAGAUAACGAUUCUGAGAUUAUGACAGUAGAUUCUGACAGACUUAGUUUGAAUGAUGGAAUCUCUGUGGAUUCGGGUUGUAAAAGUGUGGGAGAGGAGCCUUCCAUUGUGAAAAAUGAAGGGGAAGCAGAGUUAAGUGACAGGCUUGACUUUCAAACUAAUACUACUAUCGUUAAGAAGAAAAGGAAGCCUAAUCGAAAAAGACACAGAAACGAUAUUAUUGUGGUGGCCAAACUGGAUGAAGUUGUUUCAGAGACUAAAGUGGUCAAGACUGAAUCCGUUUCACUUAGUUUUAAUGGCGAAGUGGCUGAAAGGCAUGCCAAAGAAGAUGGUGAUGAGCAUUUGCCACUAGUUAAAAGAGCCAGAGUUCGGAAAGGCAGACCAUCACCUGUAGGAGAUGAAGAAGGCACUUCAUUGCAUGAAGAGGAGAAAACAUCGGAAAUUCCUGAAAGUCCUGCUAUACAGUCUUCUUUUCCCUUGAAUUCUAAGGUGGAUGCACCAGCUAGUGGGGAAUAUGCUACAAUUAAAAGAGAUCCAGCUAAUUCGUCUUUAUUGAAUGCAAGUCCUUCUAGAAACCCUCAGUAUUGGGAAACUAGAAAGAAUUUUGUGGAUGGUGAAGCUGCUUUGCCUCCAUCCAAGCGUCUACAUCGUGCCUUGGAAGCCAUGUGUGCUAAUGUGGCUGAAGAUAGUCAAAGAGCUUCCAGUUGUUCACCAACAGUGAAUACUCAUAGUAAUGAGUGUUCGUCUUCUUCUUUUGUGGAAUGCUCUGAGCUGUCCAUCGAAAAAACAGUUGCCAUUGAAUUGGGGUCCGGACAAGUGGACGAUCAUUGCAAUGGUGAUUCUCAGACAAGUGCUUACAAGUUGAAUGUUGGUUUAAACAUGGUAGUGCGAGAAAAAGAUGUAAAUACUUCAACAGUGGUAUCGGAUUGUAAAACUUCGUGUGCUAUUGCUACCUCAAACCCUGAUUCCGACAAAGUUUCAGUUGAACAUGUUGAUGGUGCUGAUGGUAAACGUCUGAAAAUGUCCCCCUUGAAUGAGCACCCUGCAGCAACUGAUGCUGGGCAUCAAUAUAUUAUUACAAAUUCACCUAACAUUGGUGAGGAACUGUCUGAGUUAGACCACCAUACACCAUGUCUGACAAUUACUUCGAAUUGCUGCAAGAAUGAACCUUCGGAUGUGAAAGAGGCUACUCGGAGUUCUGAUCCUGAUAUUUCCCAAAUGAACUCAGCUUCUAUUUUGGUAGAACAAAUUGCUGAUGGUUCACUUAAUAAUGACAAAAGUACUCCGAUAGACAGUGCAGAUGGUGGAGUUCGUGAAACACACGUGAUGAAGCACGUUUGUUUAUCUGAUAAUAACCACGAUGUCAGAAGGUCUGAGUCUGUGGAAGAAGUUAGACCAGCAUCUCUAGUUUUAAAUGUUGGAACCUCAACUACUCAGGUGGAGGUUUUGAAUACAGAUCAUCAUCUGGAGGGUAAAGUUUCAGACACUCGGUCUUUAUUCCUAACUGAUGGGCCAGACACUGUUGCAAGGGAAUCUCCUCCCAGUACUUCCAAAUGCAACGUUUCUGCAUCAGAUAAUAAUAUUUGCGUUGAAAAGACUAGCUCCUGCCGCAAUGUCCAAUCACAUCUUGGAAAAGGUAAACUUGCUGGCAAGACAAGCAGCAAUGUGGAGCUUUUGUCAUCCUUUGAAGCCAUUAUUAGAACUUUGACGAGAACAAAAGAGAUCAUAGGUCGAGCAACACGGAUUGCUAUUGAUUGCGCAAAGUCUGGUUUAGCAUCAAAGGUGUUGGACAUUAUUACUCGUAAUUUGGAAAGUGAGUCAAGUCCGCGCAAAAGGAUUGACUUGUUUUUCCUUGUUGACUCUAUUACUCAGUGCUCUGGAAGCAUGAAAGGCAAAGCUGGCAUAUAUCCGACAGCAAUCCAGGCACUGUUGUCACGUCUAUUAUUAGCUGCUGCCCCACCUGGUAGUUUCAAUGAGAAUCAUAGGCAGUGUUUAAAAGUAUUGAGAGUUUGGCUGGGGAGGAAGGUUCUUCCAGAACCAAUGAUUCGUCACCAUAUUCGAGAACUUGAAGCCCUUUAUAGUUCACAUAUUACCGGUGGCUCCCGCAGAUCUUGUAAAUUUGAAAGGCCUUUUGACGAUCCUAUCAGAGAAAUGGAGGGUAUGUCGGUUGAUGAGUAUGGGAGUAAUUCAAGAAUUCAACUUCCUGGUUUCUGUAUGCCUCCUAUGCUGAGGGAUGAUGACGGAGAUAGUGAUUCCGGUGGGAAGAGCUUGGGAGCUGUUACUCCAGAGCAUAGUUUAAAAAAGUUUGAUGGAGAGACUAAUCCAGUUGCUGCUAUUGAGAAACGUAGCCAUAUCUUGGAAGAUGUUGAUGGUGAGCUUGAAAUGGAGGAUGUCUCUCCAAAUUGUGUAGCGGAAUUUACUUCGACCAGUAAUAAUAAUACCACUGCGAUAGAUUGCACGCAAAUGCCUUCUCAUCAAUCUAACGAUCGUUAUGGGACGCCAUUUGCCCCUCAACAAUCUAAGGAGACCCAACCGAGAUCUGCUCCGAUUCAUCCACUUCCACCAUCUGCUGAUCCGAAACUUCGUCCAAGCUCCCAGGAACCGAGGGCAAAGCAGUCUUAUUUGCCGAGAGUCAAGCCAAGAUCCAUGGAUGUUUUGCAUCAUCGAUCUCGUGACAGUAGAGACUCUGUGGCUCAGUUGCCAAGACAUAUGCCUCACUGCACUAGUCCUCGUCGUUUCAGUGAUCAACCUAACUCCAACUUAUCUGGUAGAGCUUGUAAUAAUAGCUUCCAGCCAGUGGAUGGCUCUCACAGCAAGACCGGGGGUUUUCAUCUGCGCCCACCUAACCCUGCUCCGUCAGAUCAGUUUUCGUAUAUCCAUCAACCACGGAGAGAUAUCCCACCACCCCCUCCCCAUCCUGACAGAUUCCAUACUCGUAAUGCGGAAAAUGGAAAUUUCUACCGGGAUCGUGACAGGAACAUUAAGUUCUCCCAUCGUGAUAGUAUUGGAGACUCGUGGAGGCCACCAUUGCCGCCCAUAUCUGGUCCACAGUAUCAUGAUAACUCGAGGAUGGGUCACGUACCAGUGUCGUACAGUGGUCCACCCCGUGAAUCAGUAUAUAAUGACAAUAGGUGGGAUUACCCUCCUCGCUCCAUCAACCACAGGCAAUUUAACCCUUAUCGGCCACCGUCUGGAGCUCCAAUACCAGUCGCAAAUAGAGGUCCUAAUUUCUGGAAAGUGCAGAAAAGAAGCAAAGGCAGGGGAAUGGGUGCUUCUUCAUCAAUUCAACAAAAAGAAAAUUCCAUCCACGAUUUCAAUGUCAAGGACAGUAAAGGUAAUGAGGUCAGCCUUAAAACCUACAAAGGGAAGGUCUUGCUUGUCGUUAAUGUUGCUUCCAAAUGUGGGUUCACAAGUUCAAAUUACACGCAGUUGACUGAGCUUUACUCUAAAUACAAGGAUAAGGGGUUUGAGAUAUUGGCAUUCCCAUGCAAUCAGUUCUUGAAUCAAGAGCCAGGAUCGAGCCAAGAAGCCGAACAAUUUGCGUGCACACGGUUCAAGGCUGAGUAUCCCAUCUUCCAAAAAGUGAGAGUGAACGGAUCGGAGGCAGCACCAGUUUAUAAGUUCCUUAAAUCAAGUAAAGGAGGUUUUUUCGGGUCCAACAUCAAAUGGAACUUCACUAAGUUUCUAGUUGACAAAAAUGGAUACGUAAUCAAACGUUACGGGACAGCUACCUCACCAUUGUCAAUCUCGGCGGAUAUUGAAAAAGCUUUGGAAGAAAAACAACCUGAAGGGUGAAUAUUCAUUUUCAUUUUCUUUUUUGGACGUUACACGAAAAAUUGUACAUGUACGAUGAUGAUGCAUUGUUUUGCCAUGAUAGUUCGUCAGUUUCCUUUUUCCGUUGGUGUGUAAGACGAUUGUUGUAUUCUUAGCGUUCGAGUCGAUAUUUGUCAAUGUAUGCAUAUUCCACAAGGGAACGAACACAUCAAAUACAUGAUACCAAUAACUGGAGAAUUGCUCUUA